CUGCCAUCACCUACUUCUUCUCUUCUUGAAGUUAUUGAUAUUGCAGUCACCUACUUUGCACGGUCUUAACCUCAAGCUAGAGAUGAUCUCUGUACCAUUUUCAGUUAUGCAUCUGAAUUUCAACAAAGCCGCUAAGGUGCCGAGAGCAAAGGUGGAGUGCGACUUGCAGUUACUUGGCUUGGUGGCGAUGGAAAAUCGUAUCAAACCAGUCACACUUGGUGUGAUCAACCAGUUAAAUCGCGCUCGGAUCAGAACAGUCAUGGUUACCGGCGAUAACUUAUUGACUGCAAUGAGUGUUGCUAGAGAGUGUGGCAUAGUACGCCCGAAUAAACGAGCAUUUUUGGUAGAGCACUGUCUAGGAGAGGUAGAUGUGAACGGGCGAACAAAAAUAGCCGUUAAUCAGUCUGUUUCGUCCUCUGGCGACAUUCUCGAUGAUGACUCAGUCAUAGUCAAGAACGUGAAAGAUGCAGAGCUGGGACAGCCUAUUCAGAGCAGCUACCACCUUGCCAUAUCAGGGCCUACUUUCGCGGUCAUUACUCACGAGUAUCCUGAACUUCUUGAUUCACUAGUAACUGUGUGCGAUGUGUUUGCUCGAAUGGCACCUGAUCAAAAACAGCAGCUCAUAAAUUGCCUCCAAGAAAUCGGAUACACAGUUGCAAUGUGCGGCGAUGGAGCAAAUGAUUGUGCAGCAUUAAAGGCAGCUGCAGGAAUAUCACUUUCCGACGCUGAGGCUUCGAUCGCCGCGCCUUUCACUUCGAAGGUUGCUGACAUUCGGUGCGUUCCAACGAUUAUAAGCGAGGGAAGAGCUGCGUUGGUCACAUCAUUUGGAAUCUUCAAAUACAUGGCUGGCUACUCUCUGACACAAUUUGUCGCCGUAAUGCUCUUGUACUAUAUCUCAAACUUCCUUACGGAUGGGCAGUUCAUGUAUAUCGACAUGUUUUUGAUAACUCUGCUGGCUGUUCUUUUUGGAAACACUGCGGCCUAUGAGAAUCUCUGUCCGACGCCGCCUCCUAAACGAUUGUUGUCUGUUGCCAGUAUCUGUAGCGUGCUUGGGCAACUAGCAAUAAUGGGUAGCACACAGCUGCUUGUGUUUCUGAUGACCACAACCCAGCCAUGGUUUGUUCCUUACACUGCUCCACGUGGAUCAGAUACUGAAGAUAAAAGGAGUCUGCAGGGUUGGUGUACAAUGCCGCGAAAGGAUAGCGAGAGCAGCUCGUCAACCCACGAAGAAUCUCAUCGUGAAGACGAAUCACUCUCGAGCGAUGUUGUUGUCAACAAAUACCAGAUGGCUGCCCAAAUGGCGAAUGAAAUCCUCAAAAAACUGAUCUCCGAAGUGAAGGAGGGUGUAGAGGUCGGCAAUCUAUGUACCAUGGGUGAUACACUCAUUCAGGAGAAAACAUCCAAGGUUUUUGUGAAGGAGAAGGAUGUAACUAAAGGUAUUGCUAUGCCAACUUGCAUUUCCGUGGACCAUUGUACCUGCCAUUAUUCACCUUUACGAUCAGACCCAUCCGUAAUUCUGAAAAAUGGACAGAUGGUUAAGGUGACGUCACUGCGUGUAGCUCUUGUGGCAGAAGAAAAACAACUCCAACAGAUUGAUUUGGAUUCCAAUUUCCCUGUUGUUGCCGCAUCAAUAGUUGAUCCUUACGUGGCUUUACUGACUCAGAACGGGCGCUUGAUGUUGUUCCAUCUUGUUUUGAACCCUGUUGUGCACCUACAGGAAAUUGACAUAUCCAACACUGCAUUUGCCGAAAGAACCGUUCAUCACCGAGCUCCCUUGACGGCACUGUCUAUUUAUCGCGAUAUGAGUGGACUCAUGGUUUGCUCUCAAGAUGCUCUCAUGCCCGAGGAGGAAGAAGACAAGAAAGAACAAGAAGCCCGCGCAGAACAGUUCGAGAACUCUUCUAUACAAUUUCGGUCAAAUGAAAGAGUCGUCCAACUGCAGAUCGUUCCUAGAUGGCUGUUGUUAGCGGUGUGUUUCUUCCUACUCACUGCCCCUUCUUUUGCGCAGUUCGUCGAUAGGGAUUACAAGGAAAGAUCCUCCAAGACUAACUCCGCCAAUCCGACUUUCCACCAGUCUGCCCCACCCUGGUGGAUGGACUUUUCUACCAUCGGAUUUAUGGAUUUUAUGAUGAAUGCCGUCGUUCACAUUUCUUUCGAAAUCAUUCAGAUUUUCUUUUGGAGAGUGUACGCGUUCUGCAAGGACGUCGGCACCUACGAGGUUCCAACCAACGACGAAGACAUCAUUUGUACCGAAUAUGAACGGCAUCAGCUGAGCCACGACGGCGAAAGCACGGAGGAGAAGAGGGCACCAGGAGAUGCAAUAAUAGGAGAAAGUGCGUACGGAGCUAACACGAACGCUGAUACAGCUACCGGGGAAAGUAUGAGAGGCGAGAGCACGAAUGGGGACAAGAUCAAAGGAGACAACGCAUUUGGGAUCAUGAUGAAGGGCGAGAGACAAAACGGAGAGAGGACCAGAGGCGUGAGAACCACAGGUGAUAAGAUGAACGGUGUUAGAACAAAUGGAGACAGAACGAAGGGAACCAAAGCUCCUGGGGAAAGAAUCAAAGGAUCCAAGGCUAACGGCGAUAAAACAGCUGUCGAUAGCAGAAUCGGAGAAAUCACGACAGGAGAGAGUAAACGAGGUGAAAUGAUCACAGGUACGAAUGCCCACGGUGAGAGGAUGACAGAACCGAAGAUAGCUGGCGAGUAG